AUGUCUGACGUGGACGAGGACACACUCAUAUCGGAGUUAGACGGUGAUGAAGACGAAGAGGACGACAAGUUGAAGGUUAGCAAUUUGACCCGGGAAACCAUAGGUGAGGGUCUGUCUAUGCUGUGCCGAAUAGGAAAUGGACUUGGACAUGCAUUUAUCAAACUGAACUUAAAAGACAAACGACUGAAUGACAUUGCUGCAAUAAGCAUCUACAUUCACGUUCGUUUUCUGGAUUUGUCCAAUAACCACCUAACCGUUCUAACCCCUCUGGCAUCUCUGUUUGCUCUGCUUUGGCUGAAGGUUGACAAUAAUGCUUUGGCAUGCUUGGAAGGAAGUCCUUUCAUUCACUUAAAGUACCUGCAGUGGCUGAGUGUGGCUGCCAACCAGCUCACAGCCCUAGGUGGCCUAGUUGGACCUUAUUUAGGGACCCUCAAUCUUACAGGUAACGCUAUUAAGACAAUGAACAGCCUUCAGAUGGGCUGUUUUGGCAACCUGGUAACUCUAGAGCUGAGAGGAAAUCUCCUUGAAACCACUGAUGGCAUUAACCUUCCAAACCUGAUACGAUUAUAUCUGGCCCAUAAUGCAAUCAAACGUCUGGAGGGAUUGGAUAAGUUAGAGAACCUCACCACCCUUCAUCUGAGAGACAACCAACUGGAAUCUCUGGAUGGUCUCAGCCCCAACAUGAAGUGUCUUCAAUACCUCAAUGUCAGAGGCAAUGCAAUCUCAGAUGAGACUACCCUAAAAGGCCUUUCACUCGUGUCAAAAACCCUGCGCACUCUGGUGAUUUCUGAGAACCCGCUGGUGGAAACCACAGACUACAGAACAGGUGCACUGGUUCUUGCGCCUCUGCUGGAGCAAAUUAACAAAGAACCUGUCACCCCAGAGGAGAGGGCUGAGGCCCAUGAGAUCAUCAAGGAUCUUCAAGCGGAUAACUAA